GAUCAACACGAUCAACACGAUCAACACGAUCAACACGAUCAAGACUAUGGCAUUCGCACAUCAGUACUUUGAGCGAGUUGAGGACUAUGUCGCGUGGAUGUCAGAUCCCGAUCGAGUCGUGCAUGUCGAGUGGCGAAAGGUGCGGCAUGAGAAGAGCAGAGGAUUGACGUCGCAUUCCUGGUUGGAAAUUCGGCUCUUGGAUGAUAGACGGGUGAGACUGGAAAUUUAUGCCGACCGUGGCUACACAGAGCUCAACUUUGAUCCCCGCCAGCCAUCUUCUGAGAGCAUGCGGUUCUUUGACCCAGAGAGCACAAUCUACGACGGUCGCGUUGCAGGGCUGCAGGAGUUGGCCCGGCCGUUGACAGCCGACAUCCUGAGGAAAGAGGCCAAACAACUUGCGAAGCGGCCAUACUCCCUGAGCGAAUUUAACUGUCAUCAUUUUGUCCUGGAAUUGUGGAACAGCAUUGUCGUGUCUGCCUUGCAAUCAUCACAUUACCCGGACCGUGCCAAGAUUGGGAUCCUCUGGGGUGUCGAGGAAGUCAUCGGUCACUGGUUCCAGGGCGGCGGCUCGUUGGCCUCGGUGGGAGCGCCCAGACAGUCAGCCACUGGAGCCAUGGCAGCCAUGGGAACUGAUAGAUCUGAUAGAUCCGAUAGAUCUGAUAGGCUUCCUGGGCGGCUCCCUGAGUGCUUGGAGAACGUUUUUGUGUUGGAGACCACUGGACCUAUGAGGCUGGCAGAGUUACCACCAGCUUCAUCGCCAGAUGUUCAUCGAUCGCGCUGGGCUUCGAUGUGGCCAGGCCUGGAGGAACAUGCCCUGCGCUUGGUGGAGAUCAUCUACAAAUUUGAUAUUGAGGAAGUGGCAAAAUCUUUGGAUAUCCAACUUCCAAGCAGCUCUUUGGCUCGGUUUUCUUCCCUGUCGUCGGUGUCAGGCUGGGAGCACUGCUUUGUCAUUUUGCUUGGCAAGGAACUGCGCGUGGCAGUGCGCACAGUUGGUCCGAAGCGGCUUCUUUUACUGAGUGGCGAUGCACUGAAACACGAGGAAUGUGACUGGGACUGGCUGCUUGACAGCCACAACUUGUCAGCAGCUGGAAGGGCCUUUCAGCAAAAAGAGGAUCUUCAAUGUGCCUUGAGGCGCAGCAGUUUUCAGAGUCUACUUGGUGACCGAUGCUCAGACGAGGUCUUCCAAGAUCUUUGAGGUGAAGACUUGCUUUCCAUGCCCUUGUUUGUGUAGAUGCACAACAUCCUCCUGUGAGGAGAUGCUCAAGCUGGGAAUGCUGUCUGAGAUCUGGAUGUCAGAAGCAAGUCUUCUUGUCGACAAAGAGGUUCAACAUGGUUUAACAGUAGAUGGCAAACUCUUCGCACACCUCGUGUUUGAUCCAUUUUUUUAUGGGAGCCGUGUUGUGUAGACUAGUUCUGUCUAAUCGUCUGAGAUUUGCCAUUGCGGUAUGACAAAGACCAGCUGCAAUUUUUUCCGCCCGUUCCUGACUUAGCCCAACUUUGCAGAAAUUG